AUGGACUCCAUCACUCUCACUGCAGCAUGGACUCUCGGGCUGCUGGAUGAACCAUGGGAGACUAUAUGCCUCACGACGACCUUGCAUAAAAAUGUAUGUCACUUCCACCUCGGUAUAAACUACUAUAUUGAGCAACCUAACGUUAUUUCCUCUGAUGAUACUAACUUCAGGAGCAAGGCAAAGUUUGAGAUGGAACCAAAUACGGGAGUGACAUUUGAGGAUGUAGCAGGAGUUGAUGAAGCCAAGCAAGAUUUCCAAGAGAUUGUUGAGUUCUUGAAGACCCCAGAGAAGUUUUCAGCCGUUGGAGCCAAAAUUCCGAAAGGNGUUCUUUUGGUAGGGCCUCCGGGGACUGGAAAGACAUUGCUGGCCAAGGCAAUUGCAGGAGAGGCUGGGGUUCCUUUCUUCUCCCUAUCUGGAUCGGAGUUCGUUGAGUUGUUUGUGGGUGUAGGGGCCUCAAGGGUGAGGGAUUUGUUCAAUAAGGCCAAGCAAAAUUCACCAUGUUUGGUGUUCAUUGAUGAGAUAGAUGCUGUAGGAAGGAAGAGAGGAACAUGUAUAGGUGGAGGGAACGAUGAAAGAGAACAAACAAAAAGGUCUGCCAGCAUUAGUAGGAAGGCAGAUGAUGCUUGCACCAUAAGCAUAGGUUCUGCCAUUUAUACAACUUUGUUGCUGAACCAGUGGUUGCAACCAAUAAUAUGA